AUGCAGUGGGAGUGGGUCUCCCCCAGGCUUCUCAAAGCACAGAUGCCCCUGGAGAACACAGCAGAACCAGCAGAGGUGCUGUCUCCGAGCCCAGGGACACGCCAGAGAGGCUGCAGGGAGACCCAGAGGCAAGCAUCCAGUCUAGCAGGCCGCGAUGGCAGCCUCAGUAAGCAGAAGAACCAAGUCUCACUUCUGCCCAGAGACGAGUGUAGGCUGCUCAAGUCUUCACCGACCCCAGGCUGCAGACUGGCGUCCCAGGAGAUGGCUGUGCUGUUUGCGAGGUUAAAGAGUCACUUCUCCUAG